AUGUCUAGUAUACUGGAGACCCUGUUUAUGAUCAUUUCUGCUGUGGAAUUGAUAGUGGGGAUUUUGGGAAAUGGAUUCAUUGUGCUGGUCAACAGCAUUGACUGGAUCAGGAACCGGAAAGUCUCACUGAUUGAUUGUAUUCUCACAUGCUUGGCCAUCUCCAGGAUAUGUCUUCUGUGGGUGAUAAUUUUAAAUAGCCGUUUAAAUGUCUGUGAGAUAUUAUUUUACUGCAGGAAUACAGUAGCGCUAAUUUUUCAGGAUCUUUGGCUAGGAUCCAACUAUUUCUCCACUGUUUGUAAUACCUGCCUCAAUGUCUUCUAUUUCCUCAGGAUAGCCAAUUUCUCUAAUCCCAUUUUCCUCUGGAUGAAAUGGCGAAUUCACAGGGUGCUUCUCAUCAUUGUUCUAGGGCCAACCUUCUGUCUCUUCACAUGUUUUCUCCUGAAUGAAACAUUACUUAUUAAGCUGUGGGAAGACCAGGUAAACAUGGAAGAAAAUACGACAUGUAUUUUUGUGAGGAAUAUGUAUGCUUUUAUGACUUCUCAGAGUCUGCUUGGCAUGGCAUUCAUUUUCCUUUUUCUAGUAUCACUGGCCUCCUUUCUUCUUUUAAUCCUCUCCUUAUGUAACCACACCAGGCAGAUGAAGCUCCAAGGCACUCGUUCUAGGGGACCCAGCACAGAGGCCCACAUAAGAGCUAUUAGAGCUAUGAUUUCAUUCCUCCUACUCUUUGUUGUGUACUAUUUGAGCAGUUCUUUGAUGGUUUUGACCCAUGGAAUAACGCACAGUGUCAUGGCAAAGAUGUCUGCUAAUGUGCUAAUGUUUUUCUACCCCUCCUUCCAUUCGCUUCUACUGAUUUUAUGGAACAACAAACUGAAAGAGGCUUCUUUCUGUGUCCUGAGGAAGCUGAAGUGUGCCUGGAACCAGGGAAAUCCUCAUUCCCAUAAAAUACCCUGA